GUGUGUGUGGGGAUGGUGGGCCGGGGUAUCGCGUCUCUCGACUCGGCUCCUCGAUAUCUUGCUAGCAUACAGACAGUCGCCUGCCCGCAUCCAGUAUGGAUUGUUUACAGGAAAAAAUAAAAAAUAGCGAUCACCAUCGUGGCAGCUGCUUCUGUUGGUAAAUACGCAUCAUUCACAACCGCUGUUGUAAUCGCUGCAUGGAGCAGAUGAUUUCUGAGCUUUGGUAAACAUAAGGCCUUUCAGCUGUUUGACUGUGUGGUAUAUGUCGGGGGUUAUUGUAGGAAAAUGAUCUAAACAACAUUGCGGAUAUAUCUAACUUGUGUGUCCAUUAUCACCCAGAGGCGAGGUGCGUGUGAUAUCUUUUGUGUUUCUGUGUUGAGACGUUAAAGCUAGCUGUAGCUACAGCAGCUUGUCAUCUGAAUCACCACAGUUUUGUGAUUGCUGUAUAAUCAGCACACGUUCCCCUGAAGACAGCGAGUAACUAUGGCAGAACAAGACAUUUGUCCUCACCUGGACUCCAUAGGAGAGGUAACCAAGGAGGACCUCCUCCAGAAAUCCAAGGGCACUUGCCAAUCUUGUGGAGCAGGAGGCCCAAAUCUGUGGGCCUGUCUGCAGAGUGACUGUCCGUAUGUUGGCUGUGGAGAGUCCUUCUCUGAUCACAGCACCCUGCAUGCACAGGCUAAGAAGCACAACCUGACUGUGAACCUGACGACGUUCAGGAUCUGGUGUUAUGUGUGUGAGCGAGAGGUAUUUUUGGAGCACAGGCCUGCGCUGGUGCCUGUGCCUGCUGCUCCCCACCACUGUAAACCCACGGAGCAGGAAGCAGCUCCUCAGCCAGUAGGUCAUCCACUAAAAGCAGUACCGAUUGCUGUGGCAGAGGAAGAAGGUUCAGAGUCAGAGGAGGAUGAGCUUAAACCCAGAGGCUUGACAGGAAUGAAAAAUAUCGGUAACUCCUGCUACAUGAAUGCAGCUCUCCAAGCCCUGUCCAACUGUCCCCCUCUCACUCAGUUCUUCCUGGACUGCAGUGGAUUGGUCCGGACUGAGAAGAAGCCUGCUCUCUGCAAGAGCUACCAGAAACUAAUCUCAGAGCUCUGGCAUAAAAAACGGCCCAGCUAUGUUGUGCCUACCAGUCUGUCUCAUGGCAUCAAACUAGUAAACCCCAUGUUUCGUGGUUACGCUCAGCAGGACACUCAGGAGUUCCUGCGCUGUCUGAUGGACCAGUUACAUGAAGAGCUAAAGGAGCCUCUGACAGAGUGCAGCAUGAGCGGGGAGGGAAGUGAUGGUGAAGAGAUAAGAGAUGGAGACCGCUCCCCGUCCGAGGACGAAUUCCUAUCCUGCGACUCUGGCUCCAGCAGUGACCGCGGGGAGGGGGGAGGAGCGGGUGACAGUGAGCUGCUCCUGCAGGAUGAGUGCGACGGGGUCAGGUCACCGACAGGAGGGAUAGUGGGUGUCAGUACCGGCGGGGUGAUCUCGGAAAAGGAGAGGCUGAAGGAAAGAAGGGUGUCUGGCUCACCCCUUCGUGGAGGCUCGCAAGAGAUGGAUGAGGAUGCUGAUGUGGAUACAGCAGCUGAGGAGGGGGCUCCUGAGAGGGGGGAGGAAGAGGAGGCAAUGCCAACCGCAAACACUGAGGUCCAAAGCCAAGAGAAUAACCAGUUAUCUGAUACUGGGCAAGGGCAAAGCCAGAGCAACAACACCUCAGAGCCAGACAAUGAAGCGUCAAUGCCCCAGCCCCAGUCCACUCCCUGCAGUCCUGUGCGAACCAUUCAGGAGCUGCAUCCCAAACUGUCCUCCAGUCAACCUCGCUCCAGUCCCCUCCGCUCUGCAGGACCUGCGUACACCUUCAAAAAAGCUCAGCUGCUGCUCAGUGCCAGGAAGAAGAAACAGUCUCACUAUCGCAGUGUGAUCUCGGACAUCUUCGAUGGCUCCAUCCUCAGUCUGGUCCAGUGUUUAACCUGUGACAGGGUCUCUACAACAGUGGAAACCUUCCAAGACUUGUCUCUCCCUAUUCCUGGUAAAGAGGACUUGGCAAAGCUCCACUCUUCCAUACAUCAGAACCUUCCAGUCAAGACAGGCGUGUGUCCCGACACUUACAGCUCACAGGGGUGGAUCUCCUACAUCAUGGACUCCAUACGCCGGUUCGUAGUCUCAUGUAUCCCGAGUUGGUUCUGGGGGCCCAUGGUGACCCUGGAGGACUGCCUCGCUGCCUUCUUUGCAGCAGAUGAGCUCAAAGGGGACAACAUGUACAGCUGUGAGAGAUGUAAAAAGUUGAGAAAUGGUGUCAAAUAUUGCAAAGUACUUAGACUUCCAGAGAUUCUGUGCAUUCACCUGAAACGCUUCCGGCACGAGGUCAUGUAUUCGUUCAAGAUUAGCAGCCAUGUGUCCUUCCCGUUGGAGGGCCUCGACAUGCGACCUUUCCUGGCUAAAGAGAGUCCAUCCCAGGUCACCACUUACGACCUGCUGUCAGUCAUUUGUCACCAUGGCACUGCAGGAAGUGGACACUACAUAGCUUACUGUCAGAAUGUGAUCAAUGGCCAGUGGUAUGAGUUUGAUGACCAGUAUGUCACAGAGGUCCAUGAGACGGUGGUGCAGAAUGCCGAGGCCUAUGUGUUGUUCUAUAGGAAAAGUAGUGAGGAGUCUGUGAGAGAGAGGCAGAAGGUGGUGGCCCUCGCCAACAUGAAGGAGCCCAGCCUGCUGCAGUUUUACAUCUCUAGAGAAUGGCUGAACAAGUUCAACACCUUUGCCGAACCAGGCCCCAUCAGCAACCACACAUUUCUUUGUCAGCAUGGAGGGAUCCCUCCUAAUAAAUACCACUACAUAGAUGACCUGGUUGUGAUUGUUCCUCAGAAUGUGUGGGAGUACCUUUACAACAGUUUUGGAGGUGGCCCAGCGGUGAACCACCUGUAUAUGUGUGCCAUCUGCCAGGUGGAGAUUGAGGCUCUGGCUAAGCGCAGAAAAAUGGAAAUAGACACCUUCAUAAAGCUGAAUAAAGAGUUUCAGGCUGAAGAGGCUCCGACAGUGAUCCUGUGCAUCAGCAUGCAGUGGUUCCGAGAGUGGGAGAGCUUUGUGAAGGGCAAAGACAACGAGCCACCCGGUCCCAUCGACAACAGUAAAAUUGGUGUUAUGAAAGGAGGACACAUACAACUGAAGCAAGGCGCAGACUAUGGUCAGAUCUCAGAGGAGACGUGGCAGUACUUGUUGGGUAUUUAUAGCGGAGGCCCUGAGAUAGCAGUGAGACAGACUGUGGCCCCAGCUGACCCUGACAGCCUUCAUGGAGAGAGGAAGAUCGAGGCAGAAACCAGAGCACUUUGAGAUAAAAAGAGGUCUUCUGAUUCCCCCCUUUCCACUCCUGCCCUCGCAGGAAGCUGAGGAAUUUGCACCUUGUUGAAGAAGCCUCGUUGUGAGCACUUUGUAAAUGUAGCAACGUAUUAUUCUGAAGCCGUGACGCGAGAGGGUGAAACGGUACUUAAAUAUCACAUAGUUUAUUUAUUGGAUAACUCUGAUCCUCAAUGUUAAGGUGUAAACAAAAAAAAAAAAAUAAGAUGUCGUGUCACAUCUCUGGAGCUGUUUUUGGUAGCUAUGGUGUUUCAGUGGCUGCUGUAGUGACUAGGUGUCAGAUACUGCUUUAGUGGCAGACAGCUGCUGGUGUCGGGAACCAGCCUGCUGAGGAGGACAGAACUACGGUGUGAUGUUUGCUUUGAGGACUGCACUUUUCUUCUUCGUUGAAAGCAACAACCAAGAGACGUUAACGAGCUUUCUGUUUGCCUGUUUACUAGUUACAUAGCAACAAGUUCAGACAUCAAAGUGAGAGAUAUUACAUAAAUCAUACUCUUGCACCUCCAACCUUAAACACACAGGAUAACUGAGCCCUCAGGAAUGAAGUCUUUGGUUUGUUAAAGCCAGUGAAAUGAUCAGAUUAACAAACUUUAAAGAAAACACCACAGCAGGUUUGUGUCACACCACAGAACAUGCAUGUGUUCCUCAACGACCAUUUUCAGGGUGGGUUUGCAAAGCUUCAAAAUGCAUGUUACUGCUCCUCCUUUAUUUGGACCUGUAAGGCCAUUUCACUGACAGGAUGAGGUGUCGAGUUUGUUCGCUCAAAUGCAAAAUAAAAUCUUUUCUGUCUUUAAAAGGAUGGAAAUAUUGAGUCGCUCCUGUCUACAAAUAGGCACACGGGCAUAAAGAUAUAAAGACAUGGCAAAGUUUUGAAAAGUCAAACUAACUUAAGUUAAAUAUGGCAGGAGUGCAGGAGUUAUGUAAGUAGAAGGGUGUAUAUCUGGUGCAAUAGCUGUACAUUUUCCAAAGAAAGAGAAUGUUGUGGAACAAAAUAUCAACUGUCUUCUCUAAUGACAGCAUACAAAGUAAGCUUGUAAUUCCUCUGAAACAGUUGUCAUACAGUUAGUUCUAGUCAUUAAGCGACUAAUAAUGCAGUACCUGUUUUAACAAAGAGAGGGCAGUAUUUUCACCAUGUAAUAAUUUAGCAGAGAAGUAGAAAUCUGACAUCACAAAUAAUGAGCACAACAUGCACAAAUCCAAGACAGCAGUAAAGUAAUUUAUGAUAACUAUUUGAUUUUUUUAUUUAGUCAUAAUGUCUUAAUUGUGCACGUUUCGCCAUCAGAAAAAUGAAGCUGUACCCCCCUAAGGUUAGGGAUAUCAAACUAUGCGUUAUUUACUUGUAAAAAAUAUUUGUGCAUCUGCAAAUUUCAUUUCUGUUGAAGAGGCAUUUUAAAUUUGUACGCAAAGAUACAGAUCUUCACUGAUUGAGACGCUUGUUUACUCAAAUUAUAAUCUGCUCAACCCACACAGGAAGCCAUUGAUCAAAAUGUUCCCCUAACCGCAACGCUUUGUUUCGAGAAAAAAUGAUUCAGAUCUUGAGGUUUUCUCGUCUUUUAAUAUCUUCUGAUCAGAGAUCAGACUGGUAAACAAGGGUGUUUUCUGCAAUGUAACAACAUUUUAAAACAAUUCCUAAAGAGCAGCCAAUAUGCACAGUUGCUCAUUUUUGAUGGCUGUUACUAAGUUUUAAUCUGAAAUAUUCAAAGUAACAUUGCAUAUUGUGUAGAUUUUUUUCCGUUACAGCAUUAGUCAAUGCAAGAUUAAGGUGCCAGGAUUACAUCUGUAAGAAAUGAGUCAGUGAGUCAGUUAAAGCUCAGCAAGAUAAAACACUUUUAAUGUAGGCUACAGAUCUGCAAAGACAAAGUUUGCCACCACAUUUAAAGCAGAUGACGGCUAGCAUUGCAUAACAAGACUGUUGAGUGUAACAGCUUUUCUGUUAUUUAUUAAUGUUAAUAAUAAAUACUAAUUUUGAAGGCCCAGACUAGAAAAAAUAAAUUAUUAUUUUUUUCUGUUAAAGAAGCUGUAUGCGACAUUCAGAGCGUAUCUAUGAUUGAGAGUCCGAGCCGGGCUUGUCUGCACACAGCUUUCAACAUGGAGGUGGUUGAGCAGGCGGCUAGAAGCUAAAGGUGCUAACAAUGAGAACGCAUUAUCAGCGGUAACUGUUGUAUGAGCACAUUGCAGUGGAGACGAUAAGCUAGUCAGUGGGUUAUAUUCACAGGGUCUCACAUGCACUGAAAUGCACAGGCUGCCAGCACAGCUACCACAACAACAGAGAACCUCAGAUAACAACACACACACAGGAAGCGUGACUGCAUUCUCUGCUCAGGAUGCCAUUACUCCACUAUAUCUUUACAUAGCAAAUAGCAGUUUGCUGCUAUAUUAAUACUCUGAAUGUUGCAUACAGUGCCUUUAAGUUGAAUAAUAAUUUUUAAUAGUACAAUUAUUUAAACUAUAUUAAAAAUGGCAAGAUAGUAUUAAAUAAAAAAAAUUCUGAAGUUACAGUCGAUUUACAUUUACAGUUUUAUGGUAAAAUCCUGUUACAUGUCCUGUUACAUAAAGCACCAAUUCACCAGUAAGUUGUUUUAAAAUCUUUUCCAUUAUCAUCAAUCUUUAAAGUAGUAAUUAUAAUUAUUAGUCUUUUGCAGAAAAACAUCCAUAAGUUGGAGAUCCACUCGGAUAAAUACUGCUAUUUACCAGUCUAAAUGGCCACAAGACGUAUCAGUAAAUACAAAUGAGUGGCAGCCCAGCAUCUUGAAGCCUGUUUGACUGUAACUUUUAAUGCCAAAUGACUGAAAAGAAGAAUGAAUACUGAUUUUAAUCUUUAGCUGCGGCGCAGUAUUCACAUAGAGAUACAUUAGUUCAAACCUUUUGUUGUUCCUUUUUUUUGGACACCUUUUUUGUAGCAGCACUCAAACUAUGAGAUCUGGUAAAGAUAAAAGCUAAUUAUGAGCUGAAAUGUAAAGAAUAUAGUAGUGUUAUAAUAUAUGAUGCAGCACAGUCAUCCUACCUUGAAAUACAGUGCCUUCAAGCCCCUUCACACCCACAAUGCACGUGCACAGGUGUUUUUACAUAUUUUUGCCUGAAUAUGACUGUGUGAGCAUAUACAGACAUUAAGCAUUUGAAGUUAAGUUCAUGGCGUUUGUUGACCUUGAAAUUCCCUGCAUCGCUCUGCUCAACUGUAACCUGAGCAGAGGUGUCAUCAGCCAGGAUGUGUAACAGCUGUGUGGGUGUUAAAGGGUGACCGUAAACUUUCUAUCUACCUUGGCUUUGGAAAGGUCUCGUUAGCGGUGUACUAUUAAAUCUCCCAGCUGUAUUUCACUGUAAGAUCAGUCAAAAGAGGUGACCGUGAUCUCAAAAAAUGAAAUUCAAAUACAUGACACAAGAUACAGUGUGGGGAGGGGGAGUGACGUAUAAAUGUGCAUGAACUAAGAAGGGUAUUCAGAGUGCCCAUUGAUUAAAAAAUGUUAAAGUUUCUCUCCCGGCACUGAUUUAACCCCUAAAAACUCAUCUCUGUUCAUCAAAAUCUCAUAUUUAAAAUCCUUUUAUACCUUGAAAUGGUGAUCAUAUAACUAUACAUCUUUACCUGACUUAGUAUGCGUGGAUUGAUAAAUAUGCAAAUUAGCCCGCUCCCCAGACGCUCACCUGCAGCAGCGCAUCCGUCCACCUUCGAUUCUGUUCAUCAAACAAACAAACCUCUGCUUGUAAACUGUAUUAGAUAAUGUGAGCCUUUAGCUUGACCAUGUUAUCGGCUAAUAAUGUGUUGCUAAUGUUGUAAACUUUUUCCCAACUGCCCUGACGAGUUGAACUCCUGCCUUUCGCUGUACAUUAUGGGAUUGGUCUCUAAGGUUUGUGAUGAAACAAACUGUCAUUGGUACACUGCAGUUCCAAGGUGAAAAUGCUCAACCAUGGCACUGACUGCUUAUUUCGCUCAUGAUAUAUGUCUUGUAGCACAUAAAAAAACACCAUAUGGACAGAUUAACAAGAUUAAAAACUUGAUAUUCAGUGGAGGGGGUCUUUCAAGGUAUAGUCUGUCAUUUCGGGCUUUCUGGCCGAGAGUCAGACGAGAAGACUGAUGAUGAUUUUCUCAUUGAACUUUAUUUCAGACUAUUCCUUUAAAAAUGUAAAAUAAGUUGUUAACUUACAUAAAACAAAGCUUGGCCUCAAAACGAUGCAUCACUUAGAUUCAAAGUUAGUUUUCUUAGUUAGCUAAAACUAGAAAAACUUAGAGAAUUCAGGAAAAACAAGACAGACUUGUGAUACAAUCUAACAAAGAUCCAACAAUUUCAAAAAGCUCAACAGAUAUUUAGAACUUUAACUAUCAGAUGAGCAGCUUUAACAUUUCCUGAGGUAUCUGUCCAACAAGACAUGAAGAUGGUUACUCAGAAUACCCAAGAUGACUUAAAAGACUCACCACAGAUAUUUUGACUUGCCAUAGCAGGAAAAGCAGGUGUACCUUAUACCAUUAACAAUCACCCAAUUUUCUGUUUAAAGGCUUAGUUUGCAAUUCAGGUGAAAGAAAGUUUAUUGUUGAGUCUCAUUCCCAGGUCAUAAAAUACAAAUACUUUGGGUUGGUGGUGUCAGUAUUUACAGACUUUGGUGAUAAAUAUAAGCCCCGUGCUCUGUUUUUUGGUCCCUACCAACUCCCAAGGGAAAUAUCUGGCUCUUUAGCUGCUAAAUGCCCCACUUUGUUUAACAGCUAGUUGCUAACUGUGCCCAUCUGCAGUGGGUUUUUAGUGAAGUUGUGGGCAGGGCAGCAAACCAAUAAGCUGAAACUCACUAAUAACCUCUGGAAAGCUGAUAAUCAUCGCAACCACUUUCAAGUUGUCAUUUGAUGCACUGUUAUCAAAAAGACAUCAAUUAUAGCCAUCUUACAUUUGAAGCUAACAGUCGUGAUACAGCCUAGCUAUUGUCACUGUCAUGGCUAACAUUAGCAAAAGCUGCAGUUCCUUGAAUGACCACUUGAGGCUGGCUACAGAGGUGAAAACGGGGAUGGAUUUUUAUACAACUCACCCUGUUACAUUUAUUAAGGCUUCAAGUUAUGCAUAAUGAAGGGCGGGGCUGCUUUGAGUGACAGGCUGUCCAUAAGACUUAGCCUACUCGACAGCUGCACCCUCCCGUCCAAAUAUGGUCACCCUCUGGCUCCAAAAAACCGAGACGGUGACUGCCGAAAUGCCAAACUCAAGGCUUUAAAGCAGGAGUCCACAAACCAAUGGGUGACAUCAUGUUGGCUACAUCCAUUAUUUUAUGUAGCCUAUAACAUUAACCCAGCAAGUAAACAAACCAUCUUACAGUUGCCCAAUGCUCUCAGAUGAGGACAUUGAAUACAUGGUGGUAACAGAACCUAUAUCAGUGGUUACGGCUCAGCGUCAUCAUACCUGCCUGAAUGGGGCCUGAAAGAAAUACUUAACAGAAAUCAGCAAUCAUUAAUGUUUUUAAUUUCAGUUGAAUUAUUCCUGCCAUAACAUGUCAAACAUCACCUUUGUCUAUGAACUUUAUUCCAGACCAUGGCCUAAAGCGAUCCAUGUCUCUGUUUAGUUUGUUGACGUGCCCAAAGAGCAAUUUAGCAUUUUUAAUAGCAGAGGACACUGAUCUGCCCAUUUGUCAAAACAGUUUUGUAGUACUUUUCUUUUUACACAUGUUCAGUCUGUAUGUGCAAGAGGUGAUAUCAAAACUAGGGGGAUGUGUGUGUGUGCUAUGUUGAGAUACUUAUUGGGGGAGUAUGUGCAAUUUAAAAAAAAAAAAAAAAGGCAAAUCUUUGUGCAAUCUUAUCAUCAGAGAGACACUGGGCAGCUAUCAAACAGAGCAGUUUGAGCAGCCAACAGUAAAAGAUUGAGGCACUGCAUCUUAUUAUAUUGCAGUGUUAAGAAGUGCCACGUGGUAAUUACUCAAUUAUCCCCACCUGUGAGUUUGUUUGCCUUUGUUACAGCACGUAGCCAUGCGUGUGAGAUUUCCAUUUCACUGGUAAAUACAAGCAUUCCUGUGGUUGGAUGGAGUUCAUCAGUAAUAUCAUGACACCCUGGAGACGGCACAACAGGAUUUCACUGACUUAUGUUUUCCCCUCAUUUUACAGUGUGGCUGUUGUGGUCAUGAUAAUGGUGAUGCCUGAUAACAUGGCACUUAAGUGGUUGAGCUCAAUUCAAUGGGAUGUCUUAAUGUCUGUAUAACUGAUGUAAUUAUUCAUGUCUGGUUAAAUGAUUAAAACUGCCUGGUCUUUGAUUUGA